AUGGCUCUAGUCGAAAUCCCUGGUGAUGCCACUGAGAGUUAUCUUUCAACACAGGACCGCACAGUGGGAAACAUUUUCCCCAUUACGCCCUCAUCUUCGACUGUACUCGCUUCAUCUCUUGGCGUCCAUGUGCCCACAAACGAGGCACCGCUCACAAAUCCACUAGCUUUCCAUACAAUAGACUGGGUUCCGGGUCCUAGUGGUACUCCCGUAUUUAUGGGAACGUCUUCCAAUUGGGCUUUCAACCGACGGGUCUUAUCUAUGACCCAUGAAGCAAUCACCGGCACUGCCUUAUCCCCAGAGAACCUAUUCUUUGACGGAAAGGUUUACGACUUGAGGUGGGAUGGAGGCCGAAUCUCAUCUCCAGGGGACGAUUUCAGCCUUGCCAGUUUGCCGACUCAGGAUUUUGCAAUCUAUCUGAUUAAUUCCGUCAAGUUUCACUGCUGCCGCUUGUUCUAUCUGUUUGAAGAGGACAGUUUCAUGGAGCACUUUGCCACAUUCCAUGCAAGUGCCGCGGAUCAGUCAAAAGUCCCCCGGCUGUGGUUCGUUCACUACCUCAUUAUCUUAGCAUUCGGCAAGGCGUUUAUCGUACAGACAUCAAAGUCACACCAACCUCCUGGAGCAGACCUGUUUGUGCAAGCUAUGAAGCUUAUGCCGGACUUCACCUUCUUCGAGUGUGACUACAUAGAAAGGAUGCAGGUUGGACAGGCACUUAGCACAGCGUUCGAACAUGGCCUACAUACUGAGAUGCAGAGCCACCAUCUAGACGAGACGUAUGUGCAGAGGUGCAGGCUAGUAUGGUGGACAAUAUAUGUCUUGGAGCGUCAAAUGUCAGCACUCAUGGGAGUGCCUAUGUUCAUCUCGGAUGAAUGCGUCUGCACACCGUUCCCCAUAUUUUACGAGCAAGCACAAAGAACCAGCGCUUUGCACAUACAGAUCAAGUUGGCGCAGGUACUGGGGCAGAUCCAUCAAACUGUUUAUGGCAUUGAAGGACAGCUUGACAGUCGCUACUUGGGUGCCACAAAGGCUGUUCUCCAAAGUAUAGCAGGCCUCGCUACCGACCUCCAUGGUUUGUUUGACAUCGACUCCAAAAGCUUCCUAACGUUUGAUCUGGAUGCUACAUCAACAGCUGCAGUCGCCAUGUCUAUGGCUGCAGCUAUUGAGCCGACUCUGUUUCCCGACAAAGCAGCGUGGUCUCAACGGGUGUUCCUCAUUCUCGAAGAAAUGAGCUCUCACGGUAGUAAGAUCGCAGGAAUGAUCUCAUCUGAACUGAGGCAGCUUGAUAAUUAUCUUCACCAUCUCAGUGCAGACGAAGAAGUCCCAACCGAAGUUCAUGGGACACAGCGUACUGCCUCUACCAAUGAUGUUGGAUCAUACCCAACAGACCAGGCCCUAGGUUUGGAGUUUGAGCAAAGCCUGGCGAUGGAGGCCGAGCUUAGCACAGACCUUCUGAUCGAUAUCGCUAACUCGCUGGAUCCUGAGAGCUUGAGCUGGGAUUUCCCCGUAGCUGAAGGCUAG